UCAGUCCUUCAACGUAUCGUUGGUGUUCAAUACAAUAGAAAAAACAUAACCUAGCCCAGUAUCUUUACGUUGACUGGUUACUACGCUCGAACGGACGUCAAUUAUUAUAAUUAAUAUCUUCAUUAAGUGUUAUGUAGUGUGUAUUUAUACGUGCUAGUUGUUCUAUUCUGUACUUAUGUUCAGAGUACUUCUGGUCUUGAUCUAAAACUGUGUGAUUUUUGUCACAUACCACAUUUUCAAAAAAUUAUAUUCAGAAAGAUAACAGCGUUUGACUGAUAACAUUUGGCUAGUGAAAAUCUACGAAAUUUUAAUUCGUUCUUAAAAAGUGUGGGAUCUUUUAGGUGUAAGAUAAUCGAUUUAUAAUUUGUGGAAAUAAGAAACUUGGGGCCUAGCCCUCUGUUACUGAAUUUAAUGACAGUUUUUCAUACUUACUUAAGUGUUGCUUUCCUAGAAAACCUAGAUGUACAAAAAACUUAUAAGUUUAAAGGUAGAAGUGAAUUAUCAGUAUCACAAAAAUGUCAAUUGUAUCUCCAAGAGCAACAUUGAGAUGGAAAGAAUGGAUCCCUCUUGUUACACAACAGCAACGUUUACGCAAUCUUCUGCAAAUCAUUGCGUAUAAUAUCAAUCCCUAUGAAAAAUGUCCUCAUCUAGAAAAGAGUACAAGAAAGAACUGCUAUUACUACACCCUACACCUGACAACAAUGUCUGCACCGUUCUAUACAAGCGAGAAACUGGAGAGUGACAACCCAAAAUGGGCCGAUGUGGAGAUUAACCAGGUUAACGGUGCGGCUAAUGGGGUUGUGAUACGCGUAUGGUGUCAUCCGAGCGAUGGUAGUGAGCAGAUGGUCACUGUGUGGGGUGUCUACUUCAGUGGACUCUCGUACCUCGGCCCUCGACUGGUGGGCACCGAUCCCUCGCAGUUCAAGAGCAACACCAUCGUCUUCCACAUGCAGGGCGGGUACUUCACCGCCCCCCACUGCUUCAAGGAGGCACGACCCGCCAGUCGGGUGCUCUCUGCGGAGAUACCCGUCACGGACAUCAGGCCUAGUUACUCCGUCAGCCUCCUUUUGCGAUUGCACUCGAUACAGCAGGCGAUCAAGCAGCAUUCAGUGGCAGCUGCGUCGCUGAGAGAGCGCAUAUCGGACGGUGGCCUGGGAGCCGGCGAGACGGGGGGAGAGAGUGCCAUGUUACGUCGUCUGCUGCACCGCACGCGUGCCCCUGCCCCUCCUCCCCACCACCACCAGCUGGCUGCCAUGCGCCGUGAACUGGAAGAGGUUAGGUUUCGGGUCAGCCUGCUCACUCAUGAACGUGACAAGAAGAGUUCUCAGAUCAGACAGAAGAUUGCGGAGAAAAACAGGCUGGUUGAUGAGAAUCAGGAUAGAGAUAGAGAGUUGAUGGAGAGGUAUAGAGUCUUACACAAGGAGGUGGAGAGGCUGAAGGAACUCAAACGGUUGACGGUCGAUGUCAGAGAUAAUCUUUACUCGACCACUUCAAUGCUUCAAACUCUGAGGAGAAAACGUAUUGCCGAGUUGAACAUAAUUUAUCCGAUUAGUCAGAUGGGUGACGACAAGUUUGCCAUAUGUGGAGUCCAUCUGCCCAACUCUGAGGACUUUGCCGGCCAUGAUGAGGUGAUGAUCUCAGUGGCACUAGGUUUCGUGGCUCACUUGAUUCAGAUGAUAGCCUACUUUCUCCACAUACCUCUCCGCUACCCCAUUCUCCAUGCUGGCUCUCGCAGCAGGGUCAUAGAUCAUAUAACGGAGAAGAUACCGGACAAGGAAAGAGAAUUCCCGUUGUAUUCGAGAGGAAAGGAGAAGCUCCAGUUCAACUAUGGAGUGUACUUGCUCAAUAAGAAUAUAGCCCAGUUGAGAUGGUACUGCAAUCUGGUCACCCAAGACCUCAGGACCACACUGCCCAACCUGUUGGCCUUACUCAACCUCAAGCCUGGCCACAACACACUGAGACUGGAAGCCAGCAAGAGGGCGUUGUCCAGCUCAGAGCUGCAAGGAGUGGGGGUGCGGCUUGUGAGUCCGCCCAGUGCCCGCUACCGCACCAAGUCCGCCAACUCACCGCUGAGCUACUCCUUGGACAAGGGGCUGGAUCAGCUGGACCGCUGUGCCCACCACAUGGACCCUCCCGAGGCUGCUCCCAGCUCAGAGGACGAUGGUCAACGAGAGUUCUUGCACUCGUGGGCCGCCCAGGGCCCCGCCCCCACCGGUUCAGACGUGGACGACCCCGCCACCAACAACGGGGCCGAGACCCUGGCUAGUUUCAUCAACAAAAUGAACAGUCCUAUAGUCGUGAACAGAGUUGGUAAGCGUACUGAAGAUGACAAAACAACAGAUAAGGAUAAAUCAGAGGAGAAUGGGUCCAACAAUGCAUUCCAAGUACAUGAGACCAUAAGGCAGGUGACUUCAAGACAUUCACCUGACUCUUAGUAAACUGUGAUUGGUUUUGAUAGGGAACUAACACUGAAUGGGUCUUUUCAUUACAGUUGGAAAUUCCAUUAAAGAAUCCUUAUCCUUUCCAACUUGAGUCAGAAAAUCAUUUGUUUAGUAUAUUCAUAUAAAAAUGUGCUCUAUUAAAAUCAGGCUUUAUCUCCUGUUUAUCAAAAAAUACUCAUUAAAAAUGAGAUUGAUAUAAAUUUUAUUGUUGAUGAAAUCUUUUGUCAUUAAUAAAUAAUAUUUCAUAAAAUAUAUCACAAUUUUUAAUGGAAAUCAACUCUCAGAGAACUUUCCUAAUAUAAUAUAGAAAAUAGACGAUUUUAUUUUAUUGUUAUUUGUAAAAGAAAAUAACUUGAAAUUGAUAAAAUUAUUGGUAAAAUGAUUUAGCUCAAUCAAUUUAUAACAUGAAGAAACACAUUUGUUGUAGUAUGUCCUUUUUAUUAAUAAGGAAAUUAUUUGUGUUUGAUCAUUAAGGACCCGAUAGAGCCAUUGUAAAAUCGUUGUACAUCCAUCCGACUGUCCGUGCGAUAGCUCUUGAUAGAGAGUUCCAAUAAACGUGAAACUUGGUACAUAGGUUCCUCUGGUUUCAAGAUAAAACCCUAUUGAUUUUGGAAAAAGGGGCCAAAGACCACUCUGUCUAUGCAGUAACUCUUGAUAGAAAUAUCCUAGCGACUUGAAACUUGGUAUAUAGUUUCCUCGGGGUCCAAGCAAGAACUCUAUUUAAAAUUUUGGAAUCAAAGGGUAAAAGAGUAGUCUGUUGGCCAUGUAAUAACUCGUUUGUUAUGAUAAGUUGGAUCCCUAAUGCUCUGUUGUAUCGAAUUUCUUUUAGUUUAGUAUUGUGUUUGAACCAUUUUUGUUUGUGUAGUUCUGAAUUUCCAGUUCCCUCUAGUAUUUUGCUUGUCUCCUCAAAAUAUGUAUUUUUUUGGGACUUCCAUCAAAACCUCUCCUGUACUAUAGAACAUCUAACUUAUUUGUGCUCGCUGUUCAUAUUUUGGAGCAGUCAACUCUGCUAGCUAAUCCUCUACUAUCAAGACGUAAUAAGAUAUUGGCUUUAUAUGGAUAAAAUUUCAAGUUUGAAAUGCCAAUGCAAGUGGUGAUUUUAACAAAUUCACCCUUUGAGUGCCACUGGCAUUUUUCCAAGUAGCAAGCUUUUGUGAAAAAGCUGUUUUAAAAUAACUAUUUAACAGAUCUUCAUAGUUUUGUUGUUGUUUUUUCCAACUAAAUGAAAAAUAUGAGACAUAUCAUUACAAACAAAAUUUGCUUUAUUCAAAUAUAAAGAUUUCAGUUUUUAUAAACAAUUUUAUUACUAUUUUUGUAAAAAGUUAGGUUUGAGACAAAUUUGAGUGAAUACAGAUUUUUUUCUUAUACCAUGCGAAAAACCAUUAUAAUAUGAAGAAAUUUCAUAUAUUAUAACAUUUUUUACUGACAAAAAAAAACAUGUAAGGUGAAGGUAACAUUUUACUUCAAAUUACAAGCAUUUAGGAAAAACAUGAUUGCAAAAAGUCAAUUUAUUUUCAUGGAUUUUUAGAAUAAAAGAUUUUUUAGAAAAAAAUCCCCCACUUUUUAUAAAAUAAAAUGUUUUAAGUAUAUUUUAUUGUGUACAUAUUUUUUAACGAUUUUUACAGUUAUACCGUGAGAAAGGCCAUGAAAUUCUAAAUGAAAUUUAGGUAUAAUAUAUGAUUCUACAGCGGAUUUGUAUAAAAGUUUCACUUUACCACUUUGCUGCAGUAAUAUUCCGUUGAAAGUUUUAGACUGUUUUAAUUGCCAAUCAUAAGUCAUGUGCAAACAUUAUCACCCAUUGUUGAGGCGUCUUAUCAAUGAAUGUAUCUCUCAUAAACACGAAGCAAAUAUUUUGGUUUUAUGUGUUUUUUAAGUGGCUGAUCACCUUGUGACAUGGUAUUUUAUAUGGCCUGAUAACAGGCUGGUAAUUAUGGCUAAAAGCAGUUAGCUUAAAAUGUUUUUAGGUCACAGUAAUGAAAGUAGGGUAAUGUAAAUCAUUUCACUCUGCUAAGGGAAUUGGCUCAAAAUUUUCACAACAGUAGCUUCACUUAUAUGACUAUCCCAAUAAUUUCUUGAAUGUAACAAAUUUGGUGAGGAGACAAAGUAAUAAAAAAUGUAUUGAAACCUCAGUGGUAAAUGCAGGGGAUGAGUGGCAAAGACGGUAGUGAUGUGAGUGGCAACUUUUCUGCCGCUGUAUAAUUCUCCCUCACCAUCUAUGCAUGAUUUGAUGACUUUGGACAAGAUGGUGCAGGUUGUUGCUUUUCUAAAAGAAUACGAUCUUAAGAGGAUAACUUUGAUUAAAUAAAUUAAAGUGGAAGGGCGUUUUACUCAAAUAAUAUAAAGUUAACAUUUCUGCUUUCGCAAUUGUAAGUUUUUUGCGAUUAUGUUUGCUGGCAUUGGUUACGCUUAUUACUGAUUUGCUCGUUUUGAACAGAAACAAUGAGCAAAAGUCUUCCGGAAGAUUCUAAUAGCAUACAGGAUCAAUCGGUACGCUGUUUCUGUCAUCUGCUGUUUGAGCUUAUCGUAGCCAUCGCCACCAAUCUUUAAGUUGAACAAGAAACAAUUAUUGAGUCGAGACCUGAGGAUUUUACAAAUAAACUUUCAACCUUAUUACAGAAUUCAAGUAAGCUAACAAAUUGUGUAUACGUUACAUUUUAACUGUCAUAUUACACAAACCUAUCUUUGAUGUUUCAAAUCUUGUGGAAUUUUCAACUCUAAUGUACAAGAAACUGCAUGGUUAUCAAAGUGCUUGGUGCCUUUGGCUGGAACCAAAAGUAAACGACUGAUAUUAAUUUCACCUUCCAACGUUUUAUACUGUAUUAUUUAAUUGUUUUGAGAGUGAACUGUUAUGUACUCGUCUAUGUAUUAUUAGUUGUUGAAGAUUGCUAAACCGGCUUGCUAAGCUACUCAAUGUUAUGUUCUAUUCCUAGCGGCUGUGGUUUAGAUGUAAUGAAUUAGUUACCUGUUAUUGAA